GAGAUAUUAUAUAUCAUGAAGUAUUCAUUAUCCAUUAGCAUUUCUAUGAUGUUAAUUUUUAGUGCAGAUAUCGAAGCUUCAAUUAAUUGCCCACCACCAAAAUGGCUACGACUUGAGUAUUAAAUUUUGUACUGAGAGCAGACAACGGGGGGCCUACCGCAAAAACCGAAAAUCGCAUAUUGUGGGGAUCUUUCUCUUUUACUCUUACUAAGACGUAAUUAGAAUAACAGAGAAAAAUGCCCGCCAUGACGAACUUCGAUUUUCGUGAUAUUUUUUUAUUAUUUAUUUUUAUUACAUGAAAUAAACUUAUAAUCUAAUACAGUUUCCUGCAAAACUGUUUGCACAGUUUGACUGCAGGCGCGAGUCUCUGUUAUAAGUACUUACAUACAUAAUCAACGUAACAUAUUAUUAAUUAAAACUAACACCAUAAAUAUAACUCACCGUUAGGCCCCCAGUCCCGAUGUCGGGCCUGAUAAUCGUUUUCCGUUUCACGGAAUAUCAGCACAUCGUUAACAAUAUCUGAAAUGUAAAAAAUGACUCAUAUGCAAUAAUAUCAAACACUGAACAUUUCUGGAAAUUAGAAACAAAGUAUUUCUACAUUUAAAAUAUUGUUAACGAUGUGCUGAUUGAUAUUCCGUGAAACGGAAAACGACUCGUGCUCAAACCUACGUCGGGCCCAACCCCAACAACGACAUCAACAAAUAAUAAUAAUUCAUGAUAUUCUUUGUUCAUGAUUAACGCCGACCGUCGAUUUCACUGAUUAUUAGGUCGCGCAUUAUUUGUUUGUACAUUAAGGUUCUUAUUUGUUUAUGGUUUUAGUGUCAGACUUUACUUGUAUCCAGUCCAAGCCAAAGUAAAAAAAAAAACAUAUCUUGUUUAUUACGUCAAACGUAUAUUUUGCAAUUGCGUCGGUCAUAUUUUCGUCCGUAAAUCCAAUAAAUCUAUAUCAAUAAACAAGCAAAACAGCGUUCGUCACGCUUAUUUCGGCAUUACUUACAAAUGGCACCGAUCUUGAAUCGAAGGUACUAACAUAACCUCAAAAUUGGUAUCGUCUUGAGUUCGGUGUAUUGGUGAUUUUGUGUUGUCAGAGAUGGCGACGCAGCUGUCCCGGCGCGAGGUGGAGGAGCUUCGGUCGUCGCUCGACCGCGCGAUUUACAGGACCAUCGGGAAGUCGGAUAGUUCGCUUCUUUCCACCGUGUCCUACUGUCUCACCAGCGGAUAUGAACGUCGAAAAAUCAUAGACAAAAUCUCAUCUCAUAUCGACUCAAAAAAAGCAAGUAAACUCGCUGACAAAAUUAUAGCAUUGGCAUCCGAACUAGUUUCCUCUUCAAAAUCCUCCAAACGCAAGCACGAAGAGCGAGAUGACAGAAAAGAAAAGGACAGCAAGCGGUCUCGUCAUGAGGAUAAGAAGGAGAGAGAGGAUGAUAGAGAGAGAGAGAAGGAUAAAAAUGGGAAUGGUGUGGAGGUUAUGCCGUUACCGGUGCAGGGUUCGGAGACUAUUGGCUCGAAGAUUACUGGGCUGAGCGCUGAUCGGAUUAAGGUGAUGAUGGCGAACGCCCAGAAAGAGAUAGAGGAACGGAAAAGAGCUCUCGUAGCCAUGAAAGGGGAAAAGGCGCCUGUUACCACCGCAGCUGCUACAGCGCAGCAAAUAAAGGCGAGUUUACCCUCCAAGACCAUGCCGCCGCCGGCCGUCAUCAAGCCGGUCCUGUACUCUAAGCCAGACGCCUCGGCCGUCCAGAGCGCCGAGGAACUGGAAAAGCAGAGGAAGAUAGCGGAGCUGCAGGCGCGCAUACAGAGAAAACUGGCUGGUGGAGCCCUGGCGGGCGCGGGCGGCGCGGGCCCGGCGCCGCUCAUCCUGGACCGCGAGGGCCGCACCGUGGACACCACGGGCCGGCGCGUGCAGCUCACGCACGUGGCGCCCACGCUCAAGGCCAACAUUAGAGCGAAGCGUCGCGAGGAGUUCAAAGCGCAGCUGUCCGGGGCGGCCACGGCGGAGCCGGCGGGCGACGCGGCCUGGAUGGACCCGCGCGUGGCCGCCAAGCCCGCCGCCCGCGCCAGGCGCGCGCUCCGCUUCCACGAGCCGGGGAAGUUCAGGCAGCAAGCCGAGAGGCUUAGGAUGAAGGCCCAACUAGAGAAGCUUCAGAACGAGAUAUCCCAAAUCGCGCGCAAGACGGGCAUCUCAUCGGCCACCAAACUAGCGCUCCUCGCGUCCGAUAAGACGGACAGCGACUCCGUGCCGGACAUAGAAUGGUGGGACAGCGUGAUCCUCAUGACGCCGGAAGAAAGAGAGGCGCAAUGUGCGACGAGUGCAGAACAGAGCCAGCACAGGGUGACGGAGUGCAAUACUGGGGAAGACGACAUCGUGAGGAACCUGAACGUGCAGGCUGUCACUAAUCUUGUGGAGCACCCGCAGAGGCUUCGGCCGCCAACGGAGCCCCUCAAGCCCACAUAUAUGCCCGUGUUCCUCACCAAGAAGGAACGGAAGAAGUUACGCCGGCAAAGCCGUAGGGAAGCCUGGAAGGAGGAGCAGGAACGUGUCAGGCUCGGCCUCGAGGCCCCGCCCGAGCCCAAGCUCAGGAUAUCUAACCUAAUGCGAGCUCUGGGCACCGAGGCGGUGCAAGACCCCACGGCGAUAGAGGCGAAAGUCCGCGAGCAAAUCGCCAAGCGGCAGAAAACCCAUCUCGACACGAACAAGGCGCGCGCGCUUACUAAGGACCAGAAGAGAGAAAAGAUCGAUCGGAAAAUAAGAGAGGACACAAGUAUGGGCGUGAACGUUGCUGUGUACAGAGUACGAGACCUCUUCGAAUGUGCUUCAGCCAAGUUCAAAGUGGAAGUGAACGCUCAACAACUACACAUGACUGGCUGUGUGGUGCUGCACAGGGGCUGCUGUGUAGUAGUUGUGGAAGGGGGCCCUAAACAACACGCCAAGUACAAGCGACUAAUGCUGAACCGUAUAAAGUGGGAAGACGACCUGGUGAAGGACGCGGAGGGCGCCGCGGUGCCGAACUCGUGCGCGCUGGUGUGGGAGGGCGGCUCGCCGCGCCGCGCCUUCGGGGACAUCAAGUUCAAGGUGUUGCCAACCGAGAAGCAAGCUCGGGAGCUGUUUCAAAAACACGGCGUCGAGCACUACUGGGACCUCGCCUACAGCGGCGCCCUGCUCGCCGCGCCGGAGCCCUAGCCGCGCUCCACGUGUACCCCCU